AUGAAAAGGGGACUUACCUUGGCCAGAAAAGUUUGGGCCGAUGGCCGAUGGAUUUGUCGCGGUCGAGCGAUUUGGUCGGCCAAAUUCGUUGGCCGAGAGAUUUCGGCCGAGGCCGAUCGUUUGUUUCCCGGAUCGACCGGCACGGUCGGUCCGUUCCGAUACGAAUCGGCCGAUCGCGGCCGUUCUUCUCUGUUCGUGCGUGCCGCGCGAACGGUUCUGUCGCGUAAACAAUCCGGCCGAGCAAGCCGUUCCUUCCCGGCUCGACCGGACGGUCGGCCAGUUGGAAAUUGCUCGGCCAAAAUUUUUGCGCGUCCGCGGCCAAUGUUUGGCGCGGAUUGUGUUUUCACACCUUUUUCUCCUUCUAUCCUAUCUUAA